AUAAAGGAAAAAAAACUUCUUGUAAAUUUGUGAUAAAUCCUACAAUUAUAUAUGACACGAUAUGGACAUUUCACCAUUAAUAUUAUUAUGGUUAUUUAUAAUAUUUUGGUCAAUUUAUAAUUUAAUACGUUCAUUAUUAACAAUUGAAUAUCAAAGAAAAUUAUAUAAAAAUUAUGGUUUAACAUUAGGCCUGAUAUCAAUAAUAAUAGAAAAUCAAUCAAUAACUAAAUGGAUUAAUAAUUUAAAAUUUAAUCAACAAAAAUUUCAUUAUUUACAAAUUAUUUAUAAUUAUUAUUUUCGAUUAUCGGUUAUAAUUUCUUAUCUAUUAUUUCCAUAUGCAUUAUAUCAAAUUUCAAAAUCAUUAUUUUAUGCAAAUGAAAUACAACAUUUAUUCAAUCAUUUUUUAUCAUUUAAAUCUACAACUAAAACUAAUUAUAAUGGCAAUAAUAAUAAUAACAACAACAACAACAACAAUCAAUUUAUGGUUAUGUUUCCCGGUUUAACACUUUCAUUGAAUGAUAGUAUUUAUUUUUUCAUUUCAAUUUGUAUUUGUUCAUUAUUACAUGAAUUAGGACAUUCAUUUGCUGCAAAUAGACAUUCAAUUAAAAUUGAUACAUUUGGUUUUCAAUUUAAUUUUUGUCUACCAUUAACAUUUGUAUCAAUACCGAUGGAACAAUAUUUAAAAAAUAAUAAUAUUUUAGCUAAAAUGGAAAUUACUUGUGCUGGUUUUAUGAGUAAUUUUUUAAUUUGUUUAAUAGCAUUAUUUUGUAUUAUUAUAAAUCCAAUGUCAAUAUUUUUUACUUCUAUUAAUAAUGGUUUAUUAAUUACAUCGGUUGAUCAGUCCAUUAUAACUGGUCUAAAUGAAUAUGAUAUUAUAACGAAAAUCAAUAAUGUUCCUAUUAACAAUCAAAAUGAUUUAUUAAUUACAUUGAAUGAAAUAUCUAAAUAUCAAACUGGAUUCUGUAUUGGUAAUGAUUUUAUUGAUCAAUUAUCAUCAUCAUCAUCAUCAUCAUCAAUGUGUAAUUUUGAAAAUUGUUGUAAUGGUUUUGAUCAACAAAAAAAUUUAUGUUUUAUUUACAAAAAACAACAAAUAAUAAUAAUGAAAGAUAAAAUAUCAACAAAAUAUAUCAAAAAUUGUAAUAUUGAUCAACAUCAAUUAUCAUUAAGUAAUGUUUAUCAUUUAAAUGAAACUGAUUGGCAAAAUUAUUAUAAAUUAUGUUUACCUGCCAUUAAAGUAACUAAAAUGAAACCAUUAUUUUCAUUUAUAACCAUUGAUUUUUAUUAUAAUGUUGAAACGUUUUUUCGAUUUUUAUUUAUAAUUUCAAUUACAAUGAUACAAUUUAAUAUAUUACCAUUUUCACCAUUAGAUGGUUAUCAAAUGUUAACAUUAGCAACUGAUUAUAUUGAAACAAAAUUUAAAUUUAAAUCAAAAUUUCGUUUAUUACAUCGUUUAUUACAUUUGUGGUCAGCUAUUAUUAUUUUUAUGUAUAUUUUUCUGUCCAUUUUUAAAAUUUUU